GGCAGUCGUAGUCGGCUCAAUCACCUCGCCUCGUAAUAUUAUUACUAUAGUGUUCACCACUCCCACCUUUUCGCAACACCGUGCACCGUAUACGAAUACCGGUCCGGUACUAUAGUCCGGUCGUCGUGUACUCGUGUCUAUUUCAGUCAGAAAUGACAGUCUGUAUAUUUUCUGCAAUUCUGUUGGUAUUUGCUCGUUGUUCACCCGCUUCCCGUAAUUCCUGUUUUAACGACAUACAUCAUUAUUACAAUCUGUGCCUAUAAUAUUGAUAUUAUAGUAGGCCAGACCGCCAGAGCACCGUUCGUUCGCAGUCCACACGUCUUGUCCGCCGCGUACCUGUAGUCCAUAUCCGAUAACAAUAAUAUAAAAUAUUAUCGAAUAUUUAUAUUCCAUUCAGUUGUCUUGUGAGCAGUAGGUUAGGUUAGGUAAUAUAUAGUAUUUUUUUUUACUUCUCGUUUUUUCACCGUCGCACUUUCGUGUCCUGCGGUCGACACUAUUCGAUCGCACCCCAUACCGAAGUGUAACAGUUACCCGUAAGUCACGAUGACUGAAAAAGAAGUGAAAAAAUACUCAAUGGCCGAGGUCGUUGAAAAUGCGAACGCUACAAACCCGUGGAUCGUGAUCAACGACUGCAUAUACGACGUCACAGAAUUUCUAAACGAUCAUCCCGGUGGCGAAGAGGUCCUGUUGGAACAAGCUGGCAAGGACGCGACCGAGGAGUUUGAAGAUGUAGGACACUCGAGUGAUGCACGUGAAGUCAUGCAAAAAUACAAGAUUGGAGAACUUAUAGAAGAGGAUAAAAGACAAAAUAAGAAACCUGUGAACAAACCAACACCUGUAUCAUCAAGUGCAUCUGGAGAUGAUUUUAGUCUUUGGAAAUCGUGGUUGCUGCCUUUGACAAUGGGAGUGCUUGCUAUCUUCGUUUACCGAUACUUUAUUGCUUCAUAAAAGAUCAAAGUUAUUUAAGUUUAUCAUAAAGUUAUUAUUGUCAACCAAAGUUCUGGGUUAACUCAAAAAUAUUGUCUUUAAAUCCCUUUUGUGUAUUUUGUCAAUGGUCAAUCAUUAAGCUACAUUCCAUUCUAUGUUUACUGUUUACAUAAUGUUUUCAUUAAUAUGAUCAUAAAACAAGAAAGAUUGGUAUAAAUCUAAAUAUUACUAUUAAACUUUAAUAUUAAAAUUAAUAUGACCGUUUAAACAUAAAUACAGUGGCUAGACAUGGUAGAAAUUAGUAAUUCUUGGAAUUUAGUAUUAUUAAUGUUUGAAUUUUCAAAAAAAUAUAUUCAUACAUACAGAAAUAAA